GGCUCCAGUCAGCAUCGAGAAUGGCUGCGGGCGGAAACCCACGACAGCCAAUCACAACGACGGACCUGGCCGCUAGGCGAAGCGGGGGGUCAUGUGACGCACAGCCCGAAUUUUCGGCCACAAACGAAACAGAUCCAGCAAAGCAGUAAGACUCUUCCUGACGACCUUUCCGACGACCCUCACGACACCCGUCCGAGUUCUCCCACGACCUUUAGGUGGCAUAUUCACAAUGGCUGUCAGGAACUCCAGUGCGUCGUCCUGUUCUGUCGAUUUUUCUCGAAGUCGCCAAUCCAAUCCAUACUAAUUUGACUUCGUGAUGAUUUCAGGUCUCGCCUCUUCUCGCCGCAAGUCGCGCGCCGCCCACUUCAACGCCCCCUCCAGCGAGCGCCGCGUUAUCCUCUCUGCUCCUCUCUCGAGCGAGCUCCGCGCCAAGUACAAUGUCCGCUCCAUGCCCAUCCGCAAGGACGACGAGGUCAUGGUCGUCCGUGGCAGCAACAAGGGCCGUGAGGGCAAGGUCACCAGCGUCUACCGCCUGAAGUGGGCCAUCCACGUCGAGCGCAUCAGCCGCGACAAGAGCAACGGCCAGAGCGUCCCCAUCCCCCUCCACCCCUCCAAGGUCGUCAUCAAGAAGCUCCACCUCGACAAGGACCGUGAGGCCAUCCUUGAGCGUGUUGGCAAGGGUCGUGAGGCCGUCAAGGCCAAGUCCGCUUAAAUCGGGGGAUUUUUGUGAGGUUUAGUUCAUAUCUGGCAAAUGGCAGUGAUAACGCGGGAGUUCCGGAAGACGCGAACAAUAUGGGAUCUUGCCUACAGUCGGGAUAUAUCUAUAAAACAUGAUGUAUUCUGAUGAAUGAAAAACGAAAAAUUCAAUUUCCUCUACCUACUUCAAUUCGGCACCCCCCAGAGAUUUGCGUGUUCGAUCCGGCGGACUGGCUGCUGCGACCGUUUCCGGGGACUACUUAUAUCUCCGGACGGAGCAGCAGAGCACGGUGCUUUCUCUAUCUCGGGAAUAGAUAUUGGGAUAGAAGGUUGUCGUCCGGACCUGUUCGCCAGCCAGCACUUCCGAAUCAACCCCAGUUCUGAAGCCAUUGCACUUGCGACUGUAGAGCAGUGCUGCCCCUUGUUCUUCACAGUAGCCUAUCCCCUCUGGCUGUCUUCAAAAUCCCUGGACGUAACAAUGUAAUUCUUGCUGGAUUGCCCACU